AGGCAAUGAGAGCGGCGGAAGACCUGGUCGACAGAUGGGAUGAGCGGAGCGGCUGAGGCGCGGCGCCCAGCGAUGGCGACGGCGAGCCGCCCCUGAGGACCCGGCCUGCCGCCCGCGCCCCCGCCCCCGGCCACGCCCCCGGCCACGCCUCUCCGCUCUACUAUGCGCAUAGUCGCCCGGCCCAGCUGCGUCGCGCCGGAAUGGAAUAAAAAACCUGAGUGUCUGUGGUGCGAGCGGAGGCAUGUGGGUGUGUUGCAGGUGCUCUGCCUGGUGGCCAGUGUGCUUCUGCGGGCCGCCACCUCCAGUGCCUGGCAGAUCGGCGACAGCGCCGGCGACAGGACGCUGGCCGCCGCCGCCGCCGAGUGGGACCUGCGGCGCCUGAGCGGGCGCGAGCUGCAGACGCUGCUACGCAACGCCAGCGGCGAGUCGGGCGCCGCCGAGUGCUGCCCGUCGCGCAUGGACAUGGUGAUGCCCGGCGGAGGCAUCCGCGUCGACGGGCUCUACGUGGAGCUGUUCCAGCUGCAGGAGCAGUCCUUCUACGAGGUGUCGUGCCUGGACAGCGUGCGCGACAAGCCAUGCCGCUUCAUCGACCGCCGGCUGCAGGCGCAGUCGCGCUGCGUGCAGAAGUACUCGUACUCCGGCUGCGCCUGCGAGAUCGUGCCGACAAAGGCGCAGAAGAAGCGGCAGGCGGGCCAAGAAGGGCAGCGCGGCGGGCGGUGCGGCGGCGGCGCGCGCUGCGGCGCGGGCGGCGCGGCGGCGGGGGCGGGCGCCGACGACCCGCCACGGCCCGCGCCCGCCCCGCCCCCGACGCCCCCUAGCCUGCCCCGCGGCCGCAUGCGCUGA